UCGGGACGAAAAACUCUGACGUCACCCCCAUUGAGGUUGAUAGCUCUACCCGGGUAAGAGUUAAGAUUGGGGUUAGGUUUAGGUAAAGGUCGGGGUAAUGGUAGGGUGUUAGGUUAGGUUUGAGGUUUAAGUUAUGGACGUCCCAAGGAUCCCGAAACAGCACAGCCACCUUCCCGUUCUGGAUUCACUUGUCAUUGGUCACUGGCCCAUUUCAUCUGUCGACCAACUUGUGCCAGUCACAACUCCACCCCCCACGCGAUAGUAUCAAGUCCUCAAGUGCGCUCGCGUACAUGAAAACUGACAUAAAGCCUCCGAGGAACGAACCACUGGACACAGAUCUGAUGCCUCUACAGUGUUUAUUAUAUUCUAAGUGUAUUGUUAUUUUGGUUGCGAUCCACCCCUUUAAUAAUGCAUUGUCUGAAACGUCUGCGGACUACAAAUGCGGGAGUUUUACAAUUGCUCAAACACGCUGUCAACUCCGCACGGGUUGGGAGUGACAGCAAUGGCUUAUCCAGGAUCGAGCAACAGUCUCAGCUGUUAUGCACAAGCGCAGCAUCACACAGCCAGCGUCAGCAACCCUUCCAUCAUCAAGCUGUCAAUGACAUGGAUGAAGCAGAGUGCAGGAGCAGGUUGAUCUCUGGGAUGGAGGACCUUCUCUUCUACACCAUUACAGAGGGCAAAGAGAUGAUCCCUGUCUCUCAGUUCAUCUCUGCGUUGAGGAGCACAGGUUUAUUGACAUCGGAUCCCAGGCUGAGUGACUGUAUGCGUCAGCUGCGCCAGUCAAUGCAGGACUCUGCCGGAACAGUCAUGAUGGACCCGAAACUCUUCAGGAAGUGUGUGGGCGCUAACAUCCUGCUGCUGACCCAGGCGUUCAGGAGGAAGUUCAUCAUCCCAGACUUUGAGGCGUUUGCGUCCAACAUCAACCAGCUGUACUACAGCACCCAGAGGCAGGUUGGGGGACACGUGGCAGAUUAUAUUCCUCAACUGGCUAAAUUCAGCCCUGAUCUGUGGGGUGUGUCACUAUGCACCGUGGAUGGACAGAGACAUUCUGCAGGUGACACCAAGGUUCCAUUCUGUCUUCAAUCAUGUGUGAAGCCUCUGGAGUACGCCAUCGCUGUGCACGAGAUUGGCACUGAGCAUGUGCAUCGCUACGUGGGCAAAGAGCCCAGCGGACUCAAAUUCAACCAGCUGUCACUGGAUGAGGAGGAUAAACCCCACAACCCUAUGGUGAAUGCCGGGGCUAUUGUCAUCAGUUCUCUGCUCAAGCCUAACUCAAACAAGGCAGAGCGGUUUGAUUAUGUAAUGGAAUACUUAAAGAAGAUGGCCGGCACAGAGUAUGUGGGCUUCAGCAACGCUACUUUCCAGUCAGAGAAAGAGACCGGAGAUAGGAAUUUUGCUAUUGGUUACUACCUGAAGGAGAAAAAAUGCUUUCCUAAGAAUGCAGAUAUGAUUGCAGCCCUCGACUUCUACUUCCAGCUGUGCUCCAUCGAGGUGACGUGUGAGUCAGGCAGUGUCAUGGCUGCCACACUGGCCAACGGGGGCAUCUGUCCAAUCACAGGCGAGCAGGUGCUGAGUGCGGAGGCCGUUCGGAACACCCUGAGCCUCAUGCAUUCCUGUGGAAUGUACGACUUCUCUGGCCAGUUCGCUUUCCAUGUGGGUUUGCCUGCUAAGUCUGGCGUUUCUGGUGCAGUACUGCUGGUGGUUCCUAAUGUCAUGGGAAUAAUGUGUUGGUCUCCUCCGUUAGACCGUGUCGGAAAUAGUGUCCGAGGCAUUCACUUCUGUCAGGAGCUGGUUUCUCUCUUCAACUUCCAUAACUAUGACAACCUGAGACACUUUGCAAGGAAGCUGGACCCUCGCAGACAAUCACUUGAUGAUAGGAACAGGUCAGUGGUGAACCUGAUGUUUGCAGCUUACAGUGGAGAUGUCUCUGCCCUGAGGAGGUUUGCUCUCUCGGCUGUGGACAUGGAAGAGAAAGACUACGAUUCUCGUACAGCCCUCCACGUGGCGUCAGCUGAAGGUAAUGUGGAAGCGGUGAUCUUCCUAACAGGGACGUGUCAAGUGAACCCCCAUAUAAAGGACAGGUGGGGAAACACACCCCUGGAUGACGCCAGGCAGUUUGGUCGGGACGGGGUGGUGUCGGUCCUGACGGAGUACCAGCGGCUGUACCCAUGCAGUAGUGAGUCCCAGUCAGAAACCGAAGACCAGAGAAAGAUAAGACACAUUGAAGGUGGUGGUUUAAGCCAGACGGACCGGACGUGUCUGACCAUAUGAAAUGCGGUCAUUUCGUGCCAUUUAGCGAAGAGGUGUAAGCGUAGUAUAUUUGAUAGGGUCACACGUCACUGUGCCUAAAGGUUGGGGUUCGCCGCAGCAUAUCGCACUCCGCUGUGAGAGAUUGUGCUGGCCCCAAGCACACUUUCUUUGUCCACGUUGCUGCACAUAAGCUUCAGGAGUCUUCAGGAGUGGACAGCAUCAAUGUAAUACUGUUUAAUGUUGACAUGGGCACCAAUAAGUGAUCAGUUGCUCAUUCAGGUGAACUUGGCAGUUUUUUAAAUGUGUAAGUACACACACGUUGUCCUUACUCGUCACUUAAAAAUGCCAGUGUGAUGCACAUUUUAUGUGUAUAUGCUGCCUGGUAUGUGACCAGUGUUUGAAAUGUAUUUAUUUUUACAAUGGUUUGUGAUGGUUAAAUGAUGUAUGAAGCUACAACAUUAGUAUUUAGUUAGUGGAUUUUAUGCCACUAUACAUACAUUAUAACUGCACACAGCACACAGCAUUGUUACGUUACAUAUUGGCAGGUUAUAAAUAUACUGUACAAAUCUAGAAAUAUAUUAAGUAGGAAAGUAUAUAUUAAUCUACCUCAGUAGGACGUUUCAUAAGCAGGUCAGAAGAUAUGAGUGAACUAUGACCCAUGGAUCGUGAGGAUGAGGUAUUUGACAAUCAUUUUUGCUUCUGGUCUUUUCUCCUCUUUGGUGCGAAUACUAAUUGGCCCAACAUAAGAGAAACACAACUGUUACGUAACUAUAGAAAUGGCAUGUCUAAAUGGGAUCUUUUGAGUGACUGAGACUGAUGAAUAUUCAUGUAUGACAGUGUCCCAUCAGCAUUUCCUUUUUAAAUAUGUACAUGAAUCUACUGAGUCAGAUGACUGUUGUUUUUGAUAUGUUAUAAAAACCAAAGACGCGCACACCCAGGGGCUUCUUACUGGGAUUAAGUGAUGCUGUUCUACAGACUGCUUCCUCAGGUUAUUCAACUGUUAAUGUCAGCUCGCUGCUGUAAAUAAACGAGUGAAAAUGUAA